AUGGAUAUUAACCGUCACAGUAACUUACUCCACUUAAGGAACAUCUCUUAUUUUUCGUUCUUCUCUGAGCUGCACCACUCAGAUGCCUCCAUCAUUGUUGAGACUCUGGCUAUCACUGCUGUCUUCAUGGUCUCCGUGGCAGCAAAUGCAGGAGCUGCAGCACUGGUAACCCGGGAACGCAGACUGUUGACCAAUAAGACCAUCCUGACCCUCAACUUGUUUGUGGCCGACCUGCUGUUUGUCAGCAUGAUCCCGUUGAUCGUGGUGGUGCGGUGGACUGUUUCCUGGAGGUUGGGGUGUGCAGCCUGUCACAUUGUUCUAUAUAUCAUCUGUAUGAGUGGCUGUGUCAUCAUCUCUACCCUGACCUCCAUCAGUGUGGAGAGGGUCCAGGCUAUCCUUCACCUGCAGACUGUGUCCACUUUAAACCCCAAGAUGGUGACUGCCACCCUCUUCUUCAUCUGGGCCUUUUCUGCACUCGCUACCUUACCCCUCAGUCUGUUCUUCACUGUGAUGAAAGUGAAUUACUCAGAGCAGGAAAGUGUCCUCAUUUGUACGCUGAAGUGGCCUGACACAACUUUAGAGAUUAUCUGGAUUGUAGCCUUCGCUGUUCUGUGCUUCCUUCUCCCAGGAUUAAUAAUCGUUGUCAGUUACAGCAAAAUAUUACAGAUUGCUAAGAGUUGCAGGCGAAGGGUUCGACCCAGAGAGAGUCAGCCAGCAGUUGAGUACCACAUCUCCCGCCAGGAUAUGAAGCUCUUCCGCACUCUUCUGGUCCUUGUGCUCUCUUUCUUAAUCAUGUGGAGCCCAAUAUUUAUCUCCAUCUUCCUCAUCCUGGCCAGGAACUUCCUGGCUUACCUAAAUAUCUCCUCUACCAUGUUCUUCUGGAUGGUAACUUUCACAAUGACCACCUCAGCCCUCAACCCCAUCCUCUACUCCGUCUGCCAGUUCAAGAGCAGCUGGCGUAGGCUCUGCUGUAGCUGUGAGGUAGCACCUUGUGGCAGGGGUUGAACACAAGGCAUACAUUCGUUAUUAUCAUCAUUGUCCCAUCAAAUAGAAGAUUUAAACAUUAAGCAUACAGCACAUUCACACGUUUGGUUAAUAUUAAUAAACGACACACAGUAUACAUCACAUGUAAGAUAUAAUAUUUGCUUGCUUAUUAAACUCCUGAGCAGGUGAAUUUCUCUCAUAUUUUAAGACUGAAACACCUCUGAGAGAGCAAAAACUAUAAAGAGAGGUAAUUUUAUAAAAGAUUUUGUUUUUCACUUG